AUGACUGCUGCUUCUGCUUCCUCUGACGCGUCCGCCCCCACAAAGCUGGCUGGCCGUCAGCUGUUUGAAAAACUUGGCAAGCCCAAGACCAUUGUGGCUCCCAUGGUUGAUCAGAGUGAGCUGGCCUGGCGAAUUCUGUCCCGUCGACAUGGCGCGGACCUCUGUUACACUCCUAUGUUUCACGCAAAGCUCUUCGGCACUUCUGAGCGAUACAGAGAGGAGAUGUUUGGACCCAUGGAUGGAGAUCAGACGACUGAUCGACCUCUGGUGGUCCAGUUUUGCGCAAACGACCCUGAUGAGCUGCUGGCUGCUGCCAAGCUAGUAGAGGAUAGGUGUGACGCUGUGGAUCUGAAUCUGGGAUGUCCUCAGGGCAUUGCCCGAAAGGGCCACUACGGAUCGUUUCUCAUGGAGGACUGGGAUCUGAUCCACAAGCUCAUCAACAAGCUGCACCUGGAGCUGAAGGUGCCCGUCACAGCCAAGAUGCGAGUCUUUGACGACCGAGAUAAGACCUUGGAAUAUGCCAAGAUGAUCAUCAACGCCGGUGCACAGUUUCUGACUAUCCAUGGCCGGACCCGAGAAAUGAAGGGCCAGCAGACCGGUCUGGCGGACUGGGAAAUCAUCAAGUACGUUCGGGAGAACCUGCCCAAGGACACUGUGGUCUUUGCCAACGGCAACGUUCUGUACUCCGAAGAUAUCGAAAAGUGCAUGGAGGAGACUACCACAGAUGCUGUUAUGUCUGCUGAAGGCAACUUGUACAACCCUGCCAUCUUCAACAAGCCCACCGACAAGGAUGUCAACUUUCCCCGAGUGGACAAGAUGCUGCGGGAGUACUUUGAGAUCGUCAAAGAGACUCCUGGAAAGGCCUCCAACACUGCCAUGAAGUCGCACUUCUUCAAAAUUCUGCAUUCCUUCCUACCUGUGGAAACAGAGCUGCGAGCCGAGAUUGGACGAACCUCCAAGGCUGGCUUUGACGUGUGGGAGAAGAUUGUUCAGAAGGUCGAGGAGAAGGUGGCUAAGAUCUAUGAGGACCCCAACGUCAACGAUGAGGUUGUUAUUGGCGAGGAAGAGGCCUGGGGAGGAGCCUACAGAACUGUGCCCUACUGGCGAUGCCAGCCCUACUUCCGACGAUGCAACGGAGAGAAGGCCAACACCAUGGUUUCCCGACAACAGAAGGAGGCUGCGGAGGCCAAGAAGAAGCGAGAGGCCGAGAGUGGAGACGAGACCGACAAGGAGGACAAGGAGACCGAUACCAAAAAGGCGAAGCUGGAGUAA